UAUAUUUAAUACUUUUUAUUUGUUAAUUAUUGAUUCGAUUUAUUUAUUAUCAAUAGUUAUAAGGACAGAAUAUCUUAAAAGGUUCUCAUUGCUAAUGAACAAACAUCAGUUAUGCUGCUUUUUCCUUUUCAGGUGACCAAUUAUAAUAACCGUCUAUUGAACGAAUGAGCAAAACGCUGCUGAUGCAGGAGCAUCCCUGCUGAGUAUAGACGGUCUUAAAUAUGUCUCAGGACGCGUUGCAUUCACAAUAUCAGAGGAAUGCAGACACAUGCAACCCAGACCAAAUCCAAAUGUGCAAACUGUGGUUGGAGAUAAUGUCUCUCAAAUGCAAUCUUAAUGGGUCCUGGAGAUGUCUUUUUGCCCAGGUCAGAUUUUAAUGCAAGGUUCCACAGACACACUCCAGUUUUUUUUUUUUUUUUUUUUUGCUAAAACAAAAGCAGAAUAUCCAUGAUUAAGUUUGUGCCUAAAUGCUUUGACAAAAAGCUGACCUAGACCUUGUCAGAUGUUUUAAAGAGAUGUUACAUUUAGACAGCAUCGCAAAAUGAUAUACACAACAAAUGCUGUUGAUCAUAAGCAAUGUUUUAAUAGACUUUUUAGGCCUUAAAAGGUACGGAUGCACCAAACCGACAUCAAAGAACUACCAAGAACAGUAGCGUCUUUGCAUUGAGGGGUGGUGCGGCAUGGCCCCACCAGAGGGCACUGCUGUGCAGACGAGGACUGUAAACGUUUGUUGUGCAUAAGGUAAUGAGUAAUAAACUUUGUCCCCAAUGAAAUGUCCGCAUUCAACACUUUUUACAGUGUAGUCAUGUGUGAAUAGUUUAUUGUUUCUGAUACUCCGUCUCCUCUGUUUCCGCUCAGUGGGGCACAGCCAAGAUGGUGCUGGCCUGCAGUGUUGUGUACUGAUGAACUACUGCAUGUGAAUGCGUGUGUACAGCGCACACUUCAGUUUGGGUAGUGGGGCCUGAAGUUCUGGGCCCCAGAGGGCUUCUCAUUGGUUUCAUUCAUUUAUUGCAUGAUGAAUGGAGUUGGCUACCUGGCUAGUGUGCGAUUUAGGACUUCACCACUUGAGCAAAAGUUGGAGAUAAAAGGUUUGGGAGCACAGCGACUGGAGGAUUUAAUAGUUUCUCAACAGGGAAAAGACAAAACUAGGUCAUUCAACCAGGAGUGGUUUAAGUAGAAAACAUGUCAAAAAGACACUUGGAAUUGACCUCCGUUGCUGUGGAUACCAGUUAAGUCCGGAAGUGGCUGAACAGAAGAAACAUACUUCGGAAACAUGGCUGUUCAGAGCUGGACUGAUAUGUUAAAAGCAUCCAAGAAAACGGCAUUGAUACACGAUGGAAAAAGGAAGAUCCACUACCUCUUCAAAGAUGGAAAAGAAAUGGCAGAAGAGUAUGACUUGGAGACAGACGAGCUAAUCGUACGAAAGUGGCGCCAAAAAAGCACACUUGGAGGUCAGGGCCAAUGGCAAGUAGAGGUUGGCGAACAACUUGCAAGUCCUGUUGCAUCUUCAGGCUCUGAUGUGAUCAAGGAGAACUGCUCCAAUCCUGUUUUAACACGUAAAGACACAAAAACAAGCUUUCAGUGGAGAAUCCGCAAUCUUCCCUACCCCAAAGAUGUCUUCGGUGUUUUAGUGGAAGCGUCUGAGAGAUGCAUCGUCAUAAAAACCUCAAACAAAAAGUAUUAUAAGAAGUUCAGUAUUCCUGAUCUGGAUCGAAGUCAGCUGCCGCUGGACUGCUCCGCAGUCAGCUUCACUCAUGCCAACAACACUUUAAUAGUCAGCUACAAGAAACCCAAAGAGAUCUUAACCCUUGAGCAGGAGCUACUGCAGGAACUGAAGAAACUAAAGGGGACCGCUGAAGGGGACAUCGAUUGCAAAACCCAGUGAGAUCUGACUGUGGGAGCGAGGACCUAAUUCUGGGUUGCAUUUAAAGCAGAACGUCAGCGUUCCCAGUCACAUGUGAGCUCUCAUUUAUCUUUCUAUACUGAAUCCUGUCAUUAAGAUUCUCAGUGCCUUGUCAAUGCUUUUUUUAAUACUUCCAGUUUUGUUAAUCAUUUACAAUUGAUGUAGAUGUGUUAACUAUAUCACAUGCAAUUCGCAACUAGAUUAAUAAAGUUUGGACCUGAACAGCAAGUUUUUACCCCAAAUUGUUUGAUUGUAACAGAAGUAUGUAUCUUCUUGUUACCAAACCUACUAUGGAGCAGUAUUAGUGGUGGCGGUGGAGGGGGGGGGUCACAUAACCUACGACCCUCGUUCCACUGAUGUCCUUGUAAAACACUCAGAACACACAAUGCUUCAUCCCUGUUCGUUCCGAGGUCACAGUUACGAGGACAUCCCAUUUGUGUUAACUGAAUACCCUCAUGUUCCUUGCAUGUAGUGGGCCACCCUGAAAGCCAUUACUGGAACUAGUGUUACCGUUUCCCAUUACAGCAGAGGGUCACUCUGACACAGGGAAAUACAGAGUCGGCAGUUUUUGGCAUACGGAGUUCUUUGUGUAUAUACUGUAAAACAUGUACAAAUGAAAAACAAUUGAAGUGGGAUAUUUGUGUACUUUUCUACCAGGUUCAAUAAAAGAAAAACCACUGUCAGAAAUACUUAGACAGUGCACAAAAAAAGAGUUGCACUGUUUGAAUGAGACAAUGGCAUUUAAAUAUA